GAACAAUUAAGCAGGCAAGCAGCCGGGGUUAAAGAGACCUGAAAAGACAGGACAAACUUGAAGAAAUUACGAAAAAUGUACCGCUGGACACCAUUGAUAUGUCAAACACGUCGUUCGCUCUGCAGACACUAUGCUGCCGCUGCUGCAAUUAAGCCCGAUAUCAAGCUUCUGAAGCAAUUGCGCCAGGAAACAGAAGUUUCUAUGACCAAAGCUAAGGAAGCUCUUGUCAAGAAUGGCAACGAUUACCAAAAGGCUUUGGAUUGGCUUGAACAAGACGCGCAAGUCGCAGGUACCAAGAAGGCUCAAAAGGUCGCUGGUCGCACGGCUGGAGAGGGUCUUAUCAGCACUGCCUCCGUCAGUGCUGAGGGUACCCAAAGCAAGAGCACUAUUAUUGAGCUUAACUGUGAGACCGACUUCGUAUCGCGUAACGACGUUUUUAAAAACUUGGCCUCGCGUAUUGCUGCCACAUCCUUGCUGCUGCACGAACCAGCUGGUGCUGCCGUUGAACUAAUCUCUGUCGAAAGCUUAUUACAAUCGCCUUUGAUGCCACACCCAGAACAACAAACAGAAGAUCCCGAUGUCACUAGCGGCAAGACAGUCAACGAAAUCAUUGUCGAAACGAUCGGCAAGUUGGGCGAAAACAUCACGCUGCGUCGUGCUGCCAUUGCUGUAGCAAACGGUGCUACUGGUAGUUAUGUGCACGGUGGUGAUGCUGCUACCGGCAAGAUGGGUGGUUUGGCAGCUGUGCAGCCACUCAAGGUAUCUACUCUGAAUGAUUCUCAAGCAACUGCAUUGUCAAAGAUUGCACGCCAGGUAGCGCGCCAGGCAGUUGGUUUCAAGCCUACCUACCUCAACACGGAGGAUAUUCCAGCAGAUGAAAUGAAUGCCCAGUCGGAUCAGAAGCAAUACAUUUCUGAAGCCGUUUUGAAUCAACAACCUUACCUUUUGAACCCGGAUAUUACUAUCGCUGAACAUGUCAACAAGGCUGCCCAGGAUGCCGGUAUCCAAGACGGUGCCGCCGUCGCUGGCUAUGUCCGUUGGGAAGUCGGUGAAGGCAUUAAGAAAAAGGAAAAUGACUUUGCAAACGAAGUUCAAAAGGCCGCUCAAGGCAACUAGAAAAAACACUCUUACUACUACAUAAUCUUUCCCAUUUCUGAUUUUAAUCCUCUCAACACCAUCAGAAAAAAAAAACCAUCCCUACUCCUCCCGCUUUCAUCUCAUUUGUAUAGA